AACCUAAACCGAAUAAACAAAAACCACGGGUAAAUUCUAAACAAUAAACAUAACAAAAUAUUGAUCCAUAUCCAUAUUUAUUUUGGGUGAGAUCGGUCAAUAAACUCCCAUAUUGUCCACUGUCCCAUGCAAUAUUUGUUACUUAUUUAUCAAACUAAUGAAACUAAAAAUGCAUAUUGUCCUCUGUCCCAUGCAAUAUUUGUUACUCAUUUAUCAAACUAAUGAAACUAAAAAUCCUCAUGUGUCUGACCCCUAAGUAGUUGCUGGUUUGUACUGACUCUAGUAUACGCAAAUGAAGAUUUCCUUUACCCACGGUUUAAAAAAUACCUGUGGGAUCUUUUUUCGCUAACCAAAUUCUGUUAUUUAUCCAGAGAGAAAGUAAUGAAUCUACAAUGACAAAUACUGGGAAAGAUGUGGAUCAGGCACCCAAGAAAAGAGUUAAAAAGGGCAAGCAUCAUGUUGAAACAGAAUUACCAAAGUUGCAUGUCCCUAAAAAAAGAGUCAGAAAGCCAAAAACAGUAGAACUGACAAGCAACAACAUAAGUGAAGAACUUGCUGACCCAGAAUUCACCUGUCCUAUAUGCAAUAUCCAAGGUCAUACCAGUGAUGAAGAGAGUGGGAUUUUCUGGGUUGGCUGUGAUAAUGCAAGGUGUAGCAGGUGGUAUCACCGAGAGUGUCUGACUCAUGACCAGCAUGCAGAUGUUGACUUGAGUCUACUCACUGGUGGUACAUGGCAUUGUCAUCUGUGCCAAAAUGAUGGCAUUCUACAUUCAGAAGAUAUGUCAUGUACCACCCAUGAAGUACUUUGCCAAGUCUGCAUGCUGUCAUGCACUGCGAUCGAAAUUCGUGAUGGCAUUGAUUUGUUCUGGAUUAACUGCAAGUGUGGGAAGUCAUAUCACAAGUCCUGUCUGCCUUCCUAUGUUUACAGAGAGUGGGAUCUGGCAAAGGAAGCCUGGCGCUGUGGACAUUGUCCUGAUCAUAAUCUAGUUUAAAAAAAAAUUAUCAAUGAGUAUCAAAAGAACCAUGUCAUUGACAUUCUAUUUUUUGUAUAAUUUACCUGAAUCAAUUUCUUAUUACUUAUUAAUUAACAAAUGAAUUUCACUUCAUUAAAUGUCUUUAAAUUCAUGACUUAUUCAAUGAAUUGACAGAUCUAAAAAAUAAUUCCUUAUAAUUGUAAUUCAUUUAUUAAUUUACAAUAAUCAUAAUUUUCCAUAUUUCAUAACCAUCACCAAUCCAUUCAUGUAAAAAACCAUCUCCGCGAUGCAUUUUUGUUUGUUCUGAAGCUAUGUAUACUUUAUCAAAAUGUUAUGAAGUGUCAGUAUUUAUUUCAUGUAUUUGAGUAUUUCUCCGAUUCCACAAAAAUUGAAAAAAAA